UGACAACCUUGGUCAUAAAUAUUCUCGUUGUGACAAAUAUAGCCAAUUUUUGAAAAAUACACUCAUAUAGCCAUUUCGUCCAAAAUUUUAACCGCAACAUCAUAAAUGCUGACUUUACUAACGUUUUCUGGUGACGUGGCGAUUUUUUGUUUAAACCAAUCAUAGGUGAAAGUUUCCUUUGUUAUUAAGUUAUUAUUAUAAUUAAAUUUAAAAGUAAAAAUAACAAUAAAAAAAAUGGAAAACCUGCACGCCUUCUUCAUCUUCUUCUCCCCUUCUUUCCAUCUACCCCGACCUAGGAGACCCAUCCCAAUCAUCUCUUCCCCGUCAUCAAUGGAUCCCGUCUGUUGUCAUCGAUUAACUUUUACCCAGAGUAUUCUUUCCCACUUCUCACUAAAACUCCUCCACCAUCACUCCAAAUCGACGACGACACUCAAUCGAGGAACAAACCAACUGAUACACCCCUUUGUCGAUUCACGCCCUCAAUCUUGUCUAGCUCGUCUCUUUGAUUCACUCGUCCAUCUCUGUUCCAGCUUCGGCAAAGGCAACAUGCAUCAUCUCGAUGGCAGCAACCUCGCCUCCUCGAUCCGCGCCCCCAUCUCCUGUCAAGCUUCCAUAGUUCCACUACCGCUGGUAAUCUCCCGCCGCACCCACCAAUUCGUCUCUAAUCUGAAGUCGUGCCUGUCGAUUUGAAGUCGGACCUCCUUGAGAUGACGAUGAUUGCAGGGAAGAGGCACUUCGGCGGCGGCGACCCAAGUUUAGUAGCUCGCUUCUCUCCAGGACCAGAAGAAUCAGUACUGGAGUUAUGGGUUCUUCUGCGUAGAACCAGAAGAAUCAGAUUUGAAAUCGGGCCUUCCAUGCCGCCGUUGUAGUGCUCAUCCUUCCCCACUCUCUGUUCGUUGUCUAGAUCUUCACUUCAAAAUUUUCAAUCUCACCAGUUGCAGUUGAUUGAAAUUACUUGUCGAAUCCACCAUGGGAUUAGGUUUUCCCCAAAGAAUCUCGGCUUAAAGCUCUGGGCUUAUUGUCUUUGAAUCCUCCAUCGGUGGAAUUAAUCGACUUUCGACCUAGUCGCCGAUGCGGUGAGUUGUAUCUAGCGAUUGAUAGAACCCUCAAAUUGCGAUUUGCGAGGAAAAGUGGAGAGGGAUGGUGUUGUGCGUUUGCAGGCUUUUCCCCCUCCCCGCUCGCCGAUCCUAGAACGAUAGACAAAGAGGAGGCAACAAACCCCAUCAGUAGCUGUUGCGAGGUUAUGAAUUUGUCGAUGGUGUUAUUGGGAGCGAAGGACCAUGCGAUGCGAGGUUUUGGAUUUGUCGGCGGCAACGGCGAUUGAAGAGAUAGAGGAAGAGAUGGGUUUGUUUGCCGGCGGUGUGGGUGAUAGAGAUCUAGAAUCUCUGGGUAUAAGAGAAUGGUGAAUUAUAUAAUAAAUUAUUAUUUUUAAUCUGUUGGUGGAAUCCAAGUCAGCGAUGACGUGGGCAAACUGAGUCUAGUUGGCGAUGACAUGUCAUCCAAGUGGAAGCCAUAUCACUUGGUGUUGACAAUAAAGUUUUACAAACUUUUAAUUUUUGGCUAUAUGAGUGUAUUUUUCAAAAUUUGGUUAUAUUUGUCACAACGCGAAUAGUUAUGGUUAUGAAAGUGUAUUUUGCCUUCUUUUUUCCUUUUAUCUAGAGCCAAACACCGGUUUGUGACCGGUUUUUAAUAGUAGUUAAUCAAAGGAUAUCCGAUAAACCUUGAACCUCUCGUUCAUCCAGAUCGAUGUCCGAUUCGGUUUUGACAACACUGAUUAUUAUGCUAUAAAAUAGGAUGUAAGCUACUACUACUCUUCAUCUCACAAUUCGAUGACUCCCAUUCUCUUUUCAGCUUCAUAUCGUGGUUAUAUUCAUCCAAAAUAUAAACCUAUCUUUCCUUUUGUCCUCUACUGAUCACUCUAUUUGUUUUUUUGAUCCUAGGCAUGAGAUCUAUCUCCAUUAAAAACAACCUCACAACCAUCAUGAGCAAGUUGUGCGACGAUACUAUGUUGGAAACAAGUUUCGGUUCAUAUAGAGUAUUGUCAAGCUAGAUAUUAGAUUCCUUAACGGUGCCAAGGACACGUGUACGAAUUUGCGAACCAUUAGCCACUUGAAAAUUUAAGAAUAGACCGGGUUUGAGUGUCUAAAAAUAACUCUGACUAUUACACAUAUGAACGAAUGUAACAUAUUUAAGUAGCCAUUUGGGAAGAUUACCUGGAAUAGGACCAGUAGUAAAGGCAACAGUCAAUGCUCGAGAAAGAGUCUCUUGGAGAGCCUCCAACACGAACUUCCGAAUUAAGUACUGAGAAAGAAAUCAUGUUUUUGCUUGCUAGUGUUGUCAACUUCACUUGUUGGGAAAGACGUUGAUUCAAAAUCAUAGCCAACUCCAUCUGUUCUGCCUAUAGUGCAUGUUUACACUAAAAAAAAUAAUCUUGUACCGCAUUGAUUAUUUACAAGACAUUAACUGUCUUUAUAAGGCCAGAUCAUUAAUGACAAUUAAUGUUAUUUGAAAUGGGCCUCAUGAUAAUAAUUUUAAGCCUCAAACUACUAAGUCUACAAGAAGGAGCUAGUCUCGUCGCGAGUUGAAAAGCCCGACGUGGUCAUGAGAUCUAGACCAUGUCGGCAUCAAAUUUAGAGCCCGACGUGGUCAUGAGAUCUAGACCAUGCCGGCAUCAAAUUUAGAUCCUCACGUGGUCAUGAGAUCUAGAAUAUGUCGGCAUCAAAUUUAGAGCCCGACGUGGUCAUGAGAUCUAGACCAUGUCGGCAUCAAAUUUAGAGCCCGACGUGGUCAUGUGAUCUAGACCAUGUCGGCAUCAAAUUUAGAGCCCGACGUGGUCAUGAGAUCUAGACCAUGUCGGCAUCAAAUUUAGAGCCUGACGUGGUCAUGAGAUCUAGACCAUGUCGGCAUCAAAUUUAGAGCCCGACAUGGUCAUGAGAUCUAGACCAUGUCGGCAUCAAAUAUAGAGCUCUACGUGAUCAUGAGAUCUAGACCACGUUGGCUUCACACUUAGAGCUCGACAUGGUCAUGAGAUCUAGACUACGUUGGCUUCAAACUUAGAGCUCGACAUGGUCGCGAGAUCUAGACCAUGUCGUGAGACCAUGUCCAAGUUCUGAGCUAACACGUUGAAAGUAAGAAGGCAAGUCAUGUGGGAGAGGCAAGUAACAAGACGACAGUUCCAGGAUGAAGAGCAGGCGGUUAACGGAGAAACUGCUGAUUACUCCACGUUCAAGGACACGUCAGCCACGUCCGGGAAAGAAGGGAAGCGGUUCUUUUUGGAAGUUACUCUCCAUAAAGUUUUCUACGACGGUUAUCACCUCAAGCCUAUAAAUAGAACGAAGAGUUGUCAGAGAGAGGAGGCUAAUUUCACACUAGACAACCCAAUGUCUAAUUUUAUCCCUUUAUCCUUUCCUCCGCAAUUUUAGCCGUAGUCGUAGAUCUGGAGCUCUCACUGAAUCUCCAUAGGAGUAGGAGUAACUUAAUGUAGAUCUGCCUCGAGAGUCGUGUAAACAUCGAUCACCCUCGUUCGAACUGUGUUUGAAGAGGUGUGAACCGUGUCUUAGUGAUCGUUGUCCAAAGAAGUCAAGGUGCAUUCAAUUCUUAUUCUACGCAAGUUUUCUCGCGGAAAACAAAUUUGGCACACCUGGUGGGACCCUUGUGGUCGAUUCAAUGGCUCCGAGGUGGAGGAACCAAGAAGGUGACGUUUCGGCUGGAUUUGUGGAGGAGCAGGUGGCCAACAUCGAGCAUGGCCAAGCGUCCGACGCGGUGACCAGAGUAAGUGGUGGAGCAGAGAUCUUGGUGGUGACCACGCCUAUUGAAGAUCUUGGUGAAGCCGUGGGGGCCCUUCGUCAGAUGAUGGAGGAGAAUCGCAAGAUGCUUGCAGAGAACUGUCAAGCCUUGAAGGAGAACCGCAAAAUGAUGGUAGAAAACUGUCUAGCCUUGGAGGAGAACCGCCAAGUGAUGGAGGAGAACCGCCGAUGCAUGGAGAAGGCCUUGGAAGCUACCAAUAAGAUAAUAUCUCAACUUGAUUGCUUUUAUUCAAGUUUUGAUAGGCGUGUGGAUAAGAUUUUGAAGAUAAGUAAAAAUGAUGCAAGAGAUUUUGGGCAACUUUUAAUAAAACCAGUGUCGCAAUCAAUGGUUUUGCUGCAAAAUGGUUUAGAACCAACACCAAAUAAUAAAAUUGUGUGCAAAAAUCUUUCUCCCUCCUAUGGCCGGUAUACCCAGCCACGAACAGAGAACUUGUUAUCUCCAGUGGCAACUCAACCGCCCCCUCUACGUGAGGGUUGUGGUGAGAGGUCCACCUCCACUUUGAACAACAGUGAUGGGGUAUUGCAUGUACAAGGUGAUGUUCAAUCACUCGUUCUCGAGACAAGAUCAGAUGAGACACUUGUCAAUGGACGAGAUAGUGAAGAUCCGUUAAACGUGGAACAAGUACCACCACAUGCUUUCCCACCCCCAAAGCCACCCCUAUUGAGUGGACAAAUAGGUGAUUCUGAUGGACUCAAAACACCAAGAGCUCAGCAAGGGGGGCAUGAAAGUCUAAUUUCCCACAAGUUGACGCCGAGAUGUCCAUCUGGGGGGCAUGUGGUGUCUAAGAGCUCACAUCAAUCACAAGCUUGUGCUAAACAUAUUAAUUUGGCCAAGUCUGGAAAGGGGGGCAUGCCUCCAACCACUUGCAGUGGACAUGGGGGCAUAUCUAACAAGUCACGACGUGAGAAAGCCAUAAAAAGUUAUUGUAGAUUUGAAAAUUUGGCUAAGUAUGGACAAGACAUGUCCAAGAAGCCAUAUGAAGUGCAAGUCACACAUGUUUGCGAUAAGCAUGCUAAUUUGACUAAGUUUGGACAAGGGAGCAUGUCACCUACCAUGAAGAAUGGAGUAGAGGGCAUCUUCAAGAAGACACAACAAGUCAAACCCCCACAUGGAUUUUGUAAGCGUGAGAUUAUGGACAAGGGUGGAUUGGGGGGCAAGUCCAUGUCAAUGAAUAGUAAGUACUCAACACCAACCACCAAGAGUGGACAUGGGGGCAUGUAUAAGAAGUCACCAUACACACCAGCCAAACAUGGUUGCACAAAGAAUCAAUGGUGGUUGAGUGCUAAGUGUAGGGGCCAACAAGGUUUAUAUGUUGAAAGACGAAGACAAGAAAGCUACACGAGUGGUUGUCGACUUGUCAAGCCUAGACCUGGUCUCCAACAUCGUGAGGAGAUUAAACAUGUAUCAAGUGGGAGGAAAUCAAGGCAGAAGAAUAAUCAUGAUAGCCUUGACAUGUCAAGUAAGGUGGCCCAAGCAAAGAAGCAUGAUACCUCAUGCAAGGCCACCAAAACUAGACAUGCUAACAAUGUACCACCCAUUAGUAAGCUAGAAAAUUCAAAUUUAAUGUAUGAAGAUUCACCUCUCAUGGAGGAAAAGAGUCAUGUGGUCUAUGGAUGGCAUGUCUGGUUUGAUCCAUGGACUUGGCAAUGGGUGUACACCUUUGGUACAUUGAUUGUUGCCAAAGGCUAUGUAGAGCAGUGACAUCUGUCACUUCUUGCCAUAUAAAAUAAAUAAAUUUAUAUAAUGUACUUAUUAUAUAUUAGUUAUAAAAAAUAUUGUAGGCAAACGUGGCUAAAAUAAAAGAUAGAAGGAAAAUAUCAAAGUGAUAAUCUUGAGUCGGAGUUGUUAGACUUCGACAUGAAGAUCUUGCCACCAAGUCGUUGUGAUGGCUUGACAUGACGAGCCAUACAUCAGGCCAUGCCAUGCCAUCUUAUCUUGUCCCGAGUAGUCACGGCCUGGGGGGCAUGAUGGCUUGAAACGUGGUAGUAGAGGAGUGUUGACCAUAAUGUCUCUACCAACAUAAAAAUGAACAUUAGUUUGUCUAAGGCAAAAAGUAGACGACUUGACUUGUCGCGAGGGAGCUAUCUAGCCUUGUGGCGAGUUGAGAUGAGCCAAUCUAUGCCAAAAUAGGUGCGAAAAAUUCCAAGUUAUUCUCUCAACCAUGUGGCAAAGUACGAGAUGUCAAUGAGGGUGUAGGUGAUAAAGUGAGGUUGGUGUCUCGUUGAAUGCAUUAGGUGGCUUGGCCAUUAAAAGCCAAAAUUUGGCUAAGGCAUGGGACAAGUCGUUGAUGUUGAGUUCCAUCCGGCCAUGUUGGCAUGAUCAUUGAAAGCCAAAAUUUGGCUAAGGCAUGAAACAAGUUUUGACGUCAAUUUCCAUCUCGCCGUGUUGGCUUGACGUGAAAAACCAAAAUUUGGCUAAGGCAAGGGCUAAACUUUGACGUCGAGUUCCAUCUCGCCAUGUUCGCUUAACGUGAUAGUCAAAAUUUAACUAAGUCAUGUGACAAGUUAUGACGACGAGUUCCAUCCCGACGGGUUGGCUUGAUUACUGAAAGUCAAAAUUUUGGCGAAGUAAAAUUGGUGUGUUGAUAAGCCAACACGUUACUUGGCUAGCUUGGUGGUGUUCAACUACUUAGUCCAUAAUUCCUAUGCACUAAGUAGUUGGGGGCAUUUGUUUACACUAAAAAAAAUAAUCGUGUGCCGCAUUGAUUAUUUACAAGACAUUAACUGUCUUUAUAAGGCCAGAUCAUUGAUGACAAUUCAUGUUAUUUGAACCGGGUCUCAUGAUAAUAAUUUUAAGCCCCAAACUACUAAGUCUACAAGAAGGAGCUAGUCUCAUCGCGAGUUGAAAAGCCCGACGUGGUCAUGAGAUCUAGACCAUAUCGGCAUCAAAUUUAGAGCCCGACGUGGUCAUGAGAUCUAGACCAUGUCGGCAUAAAUUUAGAGCCCGACAUGGUCAUGAGAUCUAGACCAUGUCAUGCAUCAAAUUUAGAGCCCGACGUGGUCAUGAGAUCUAGACCAUGUCGGCAUCAAAUUUAGAGCCCGACGUGGUCAUGAGAUCUAGACCAUGUCGGCAUCAAAUCUAGAGCUCUACGUGGUCAUGAGAUCUAGAUCACGUUGGCUUCAAACUUAGAGCUCGACGUAGUCAUGGGAUCCAUACCACGUUGGCUUCAAACUUAGAGCUCGACGUGGUCAUGAGAUCUAGACCACCUUGGCUUCAAACUUAGAGCUCGACGUGGUCAUGAGAUCUAGACAACGUUGGCUUCAAACUUAGAGCUCGACGUGGUCGCGAGAUCUAGACCACGUCGUGAUACCAUGUCCAAGAUCUGAACUAACAAGUUGGAAGUAAGAAGGCAAGUGAUGUGGGAGAGGCAAGUAACAAGACGCAGUUCCAGGAUGAAGAGCAGGCGGUUAACGGAGAAACUGUUGAUUACUCCACGUUCAAGGACACGUUAGCCACGUCUGGGAAAGAAGGGAAGCGGUUCUUUUUGGAAGUUACUCACCAGACAGUUUUCUAAGACGGUUAUCACCUCAAGCCUAUAAAUAGAAGGAAGAGUUGUCAAAGAAAGGAGGCCAAAUUCA